CUGGGAGAGAUUUCUAUCUGUGACUUUGUGCCAGACUUUAAGCAACAAGCACAGAGAGUGAAACAGUCACAGGUUAGCUCCUCCCUAACCCAAUUAAAGCCUUUAAUACAGGUGAGAGGAGACGUGGCACCAACCAUCUAUCAGACAAGCAUCUCUCUCUAACUUAACCUCCUGCAGUGAACAUGAGGACGCUUCAGGAAAAAAUCAUCAUCCUCUCUGUUCUGUCCCUAAUGUGCAUCUCUCAGGUGAAUGCACUACCUGUUCCCGAUGACUGGAACAACUUGAUCCACCGAACCAAGCGAUCCCUGCUGUGGCGCUGGAACAGUCUGAAGCCGGUAGGAUCCAGCUGCAGAGAUCACUUGGAGUGUGGAACAAAGAACUGCAGGAAAUACAUCUGUUGCUUCUGAUGUUCUAAACUGAAAAAAGACACACAGACCUAUUUCUGUCAGGGGAACAACACAACAAAAAUCUUCAUGGACCAACUUACUGUUCUUUGACCAGCUGUCUCGGUGGGAGUUUUUUCGACCCUGCUUGUACGUUUAACUGGAGCAAAACAAAAUAACAAAGCUGUAAAAGCUGACAACGCGUGGGUCAAAUGUCAUCUUUAAUAGUUGUUUUCUGCAACAUCAGGCAGGCUGUGUUAUCUGAGUGUGUGUUUUGAUAAGAAAAUACAAGCAUCCAGUCUAA